AUGACUGCAAAGAGUUACCCUUAUAACUCCCACUGCGGUGACAUCGGGAUUCGAGCCGUCGAUGGUAUUGAAUACAUUGAGCAAGAUAGCAUUGAAACACCUGCUGCUUACCAGGACAACCCCACAUGGGGCAUCGAUCGAAUUGACAGUCGAAAGGGAAUUGAUGGAUAUUAUAACUACAAUAGCAACGUUCAAGGGGAAGGAGUGAAUGUCUAUUUGUUGGAUAGCGGAAUUCAGACUUCUCACAAUGUCUUUGGAGGUAGAGCCUCACUGUUGUUCGGAAGAGGCGAUGACAGUGGGCAUGGUACUCACUGUGCCGGAACGGCAGUUGGCAAUACGUAUGGGAUCGCUCGCAAAGCUCUAAUACAUAGUGUGAAAAUAUGCUACAGUGGUAAAUGCGCUCUGAUUGAUACACUGGAUGGUCUAAAUAAAGUACUGACACACGCCGGCAAGAAUGGAGGCGUCAUCUCCAGAUCUCUGAGUGGGUUGUCAUUCUCUUCACCAUCGUUAACCGACGCAAUGAAAAAAAUGUGGGAUAACGGGUUUGUGAUUUCACACGCAGCUGGAAACGCAAACACAUUCGCCUGCUAUUACACUCCGCAAAAGAUGAAAGAAGUGAUAGCCACCGGGGCCACGAAUAAAAAUGAUAAACGCGCCUACUUUUCAAACUAUGGUAAAUGUGUUGACCUCUUUGCUCCUGGUGUAAGUAUUGUCAGUGCUGAAUACAGCACAUCAAGUAACUCCGGCACCACAACGAUGUCUGGGACCUCAAUGGCGUGCCCUCACACCAGCGGUGUUCUCGCUCUUCUAAUGGGUAAAGAUAAGAACGCUACGCCCCAGUCCCUCAAGGAUGCCUUGCUUAGCAGUGCCACUAGUGACGUAGUGUCAGACACCAAGGGUUCUCCAAACCGGCUCCUCUAUGCCAACCCGGUUAGUAUGGUAUUCUGA